AUGGGCCUUUCAGUUCCCAUCCUCGCGAUUUCCAUCUCCCUUCACCUUCUCGCCUUUGUAUUUGCCUUCGGCGCCGAGCGACGCCGUAGCACGGCAAAAGUGGUCCCCGACGAGUACGACGAGAGAACGUACUGCGCGUACGGGACGGACGCGUCGACGGUGUACGGACUAGCGGCGUUUGGGCUGCUGUUGGUUGCGCAGGCGUUAAUUAACGGCGUUACCAAGUGCUUCUGCUUUGGGAGAGGGAUGGUGGGUGGCGGCUCGACUACUUGUGCUGUUCUGCUCUUCAUUUUCUCAUGGGUGAGCUUUCUGGCGGCUGAGGCGUGCCUGCUGGCAGGUUCGGCUAAGAAUGCUUACCACACAAAAUACAGAGCAAUCUUUCUUGUGGAGCACUUGUCAUGUGCCACUCUUCGUAAGGGUGUGUUUGCUGCUGGUGCUGCCCUCACGCUUAUAUCAAUGGUGGCUUCGGUUUUGUACUAUUGGGCCCACUCGAAGGCUGACACGGGCGGAUGGGAAAAACACCGCAAUGAAGGGCUCGGAUUGACUGGCUCGAAUUUUACAGAGAAUGAGCACAGGAUGAAGGCUGGUGAAAUUGAGAAAGUCUAAUUUUUAUCAUUUUUUUUUUCUUUUUUUUUUU